AUGGACGAGGAUCAAGGACCUUCUCAGGUCGUCCCAGAACAUGGAAAGAAAAGAACCUUUGGCGACCGCGGCCGUGCCUUGAAGCACAUGUUCUUCACCAGGGACGGUCUGAUCGGCGACUAUGACUACGGCUUUCUCUUCACCCCGAAUAUCCCGUUCAUGAGGAAAAGACCACAGGCAGCCCCGUUCUUCGGCCUCAACGACAAAAUCCCCGUCGUGCUCGCCCUGCUGCUUGGCUUCCAGCAUUCCCUGGCCAUGCUUGCAGGCCUCAUCACUCCACCAAUCAUCCUUGCUGGUUCCAGCGGCGCCAACCUGACCCCAGAAAUGACCCAGUACCUCGUUUCGACUGCUUUGAUCGUCUCGGGCUUCUUGUCAAUGAUCCAGAUCACGAGAUUCCACAUCUUCAAGACACCGUACUACAUCGGCACUGGUGUAAUCUCUGUGGUGGGAGUGUCAUUCUCCAUCAUCACCGUGGCAUUGGGCGCCUUUAAGCAAAUGUACGCCAAUGGCUACUGCCCCUCCGCUGACGAUGGCACGCCCUUGCCCUGCCCGGACGGGUACGGCGCAAUCAUCGGCACUGCGGCCGUCUGUGCCCUGCUCGAGAUCCUCAUCUCCUUCCUCCCGCCCAAGAUAAUGCUGCGAAUCUUCCCACCCAUCGUGACUGGCCCUACCGUCAUGUUGAUCGGCAUCAGCCUCAUCGAGAGCGGCUUCCAGGGCUGGGCCGGCGGCAGCGGCACAUGCAUGGCAGGAAGCGACGCUCCCGCGGGAUUCCAGCUCUGCCCGUCUGACUCUGCGCCGCACGCUCUUCCUUGGGGCAGCCCAGAAUUUCUUGGUCUCGGCUUCUCCGUCUUUGCAACUAUCGUCCUCUGCGAGCGGUUCGGCUCUCCGAUCAUGAAGUCCACCUCGGUCGUCAUCGGUUUGCUAGUCGGCUGCAUCAUCGCUGCGGCGACAGGGUACUUUGACCGUUCCGGAAUCGACGCCGCUCCAGUCGCGAGCUUCAUCUGGGUGCACACAUUCAAGCUCACUGUGUACGGGCCGCUGGUGCUACCCAUCAUGGCUGUGUUCAUUAUCUGCGCAUGCGAGGCUAUUGGCGACAUUACGGCCACGUGUGAUGUGUCACGUCUUGAGGUCGAAGGCAAGCUGUACGAGAGCCGCAUCCAGGGUGGCGUGCUUGCCGAUGGUGUCAAUGGUGUCCUCGCCGCUCUAUGCACCAUCACGCCUAUGACCACCUUCGCCCAGAACAACGGCGUCAUCGCUCUGACGCGCUGCGCCAACCGCAAGGCCGGCUACUGCUGCUGUUUCUUCCUGUUGAUCAUGGGCAUCUUCGCCAAGUUUGCCGCUGCGCUGGUUGCCAUCCCUGCUUCGGUCAUCGGCGGCAUGACGACCUUCCUCUUCACGAGCGUCGCCGUCUCGGGCAUCGCCAUUAUCGCAAAAGGAGUGCCCUUCAACCGCCGCAACCGCUUCAUCCUAACCGCCGGGCUCGCCAUCGGCUACGGCGCCACCCUAGUUCCAACGUAUUUCGCCUCCGUCUUCUCCUAUUCCGGCCCCAACACUGCCCUGCGCGGCUUCCUCGACGCCAUCAGCCUCGUCAUGGAGACUGGGUUUGCGGUCACCGCCUUCGUCACCAUGUUCCUCAAUCUGGUCUUGCCUCUCGAAGUCGAGGAUACGAAAGCCGCCGACGACGGGGCCUCUUCUAGUGUGCGCGCGUCUAGUGUUCGCGCGCCUAGCAAUACGGAUGUUGAAGGGGCGCCUCCUGGGGACCUGAAAAAGGCUUGA